UGAAAUUUGUGUCGUUGAAAACAUGGGACAGUAAAAAUAUGGAAACAUUUUAUACGUGAUAAACAAGAAUAACAGACGGUGCUAAAUGAUGGGAAAACUGUUAAUUUUCGCUGUGUUGUGGCUUCUUUACCUAACAGACGACAGUCAUGCUGACUAUUGUCUCACCUACUACUCAAACAACAUCAACACGUACUAUAUGUACUGUGCCGACGGAUGCUGUGGGUAUGCCCAAGACCGGGAAUGCUGUAAGAAGACAAAUGCGGGGGCGAUCGCCGGGGGCGUGAUUGGAGCCCUCACAGCCAUCGCUAUCGUCGCCGGGAUCAUCGGAUAUUGUUAUAUUUCCAAGAAGAAGAAGAAAAAGGAGGAGGAGGAGAUGGAUGAAGGCUUUGAUUUCAAUAUGAAUCCAAACCAUCCUUACAUGGGAUAUGGAUUACCCCCUGCAGGUGAGCCGGAACCAGGGUACCUGAACCAAGGCUUCCCAGGAGCCCCUAUGGGACCACCGCCCGCCUACGACCAUCCGCCACCCGCACCUAUCGGGGCCAGGGGAGGACCAGGGGAUCUUCCGGCCCCCAUGCCGAACUCGGAGCACAUGUGAUGUUGUUUUACUGCUUGUGAGAACAAUUUAUAUUUGUGUUUCAUUUAUAGAGUUGAAAUGUCGCCAUGUUUUUGUAAUUGUAAUGCAUGUUCUAAAUUAAAGAAGGUAUUUCAUUACGGAGUUCUAAUGAUUUUCAUUUAUGUUGAGUACUGAAAAGUCAGACUUUUACCCAGCA